AUGCAAAACGCCAUUCACAUCAAGGACGAGUCAGUGUGGGCAGCCAUCUGGACUUUCCUGUUUCAAGAAGGAGUACGAGGCCAACCCGGAGAGUGGCGUACUCACCUUGGCGCACUGCGGUCUCUGUUCCGGAACAACCAGACCGCCAUCAGGAACAAUGCGGUUGCUCGAGCUUGCUACCAGACAUACAUCUGUCUCGCAAUCUUCGGCAACUUUGAGGUCGACAAUGAACUCGAACAGAUGCUUGCUGAUACACCCAACGAGCUAGAUUGCAUACAGCCUGUCCAUGGUAUCACUCAUGUCCUGCUGCAGAUCGUGCUCAGCAUUCACAAAAUCGCCAAUUCAAAGACUUCGUGUCCCAAAGUUGAAAGCGAUAAGAUUGAGCUGCAACUUCUUCUUUACUCGCCGGAAGCGAUAUCCACAAGCGACCUGGACCUGUCGUCAGCCACAGUCCUAGUCAUCUACGCUCACAUCUACUACUAUGCCAUCGUCAUCCAUUUCAGACGGCUUGUUCUUCGACAAUCACCUUCCAUGUUGCAAGAUCUCGUAGAACAGGCAAUCGAGAAUCUGGAACUCACAGAAUCUGCAGAGGGCAAUCCAAAGGGCUGCGUGUGGUUGUGGCCAUGUCUUGUGGUUGCAGCCGAAUGUGUGCGGCCUGAUCUUCAGUCUCGUAUGACUGCGUGGUUUUGUGCGAAAGAGAGACAUGGUUUCUUGAACCUCGACUUGGCUGGGGAACUCGCACGCGAUGUAUGGAGCCGAAGAACCACGUCACCUCACGAUAUUCACUGGUCCGAUGGACUGCAUGGAAGCAAGUAUGAUGUUCUACCGCUGUGA